AUGGGUAAUUGCGGGACGCAUUCUUCCGCGGUUGAUGAAGUUGAGGAGGCUAAGCAAUAUCCAGAGAUGUGUCCUGAACACAUUGAUCAACUCAGCCUAGAUAUUCAAAAUAGGCUUGUCAAAUACGGGACAAGGUAUUCGGGCUCUAGCAAGCCAUCUCUUCAUGGAGCAGCCACAGAUCCCUCUUUUGACCAAAUUUCUAAUGCUGAUAUGCCGUGCGAUGCCUCAAGUGCACGUUCUGCAACACCAAGUUCCGGCGUCCGUCCUAAAAGCUAUGUUAAAUGCCCCAGUGUGGACGAUGCCAGAGUCCACGAUUCCUCUUCCCCCGUCAGUUAUAGAGGAGGCGGGAGCAUUAGCAGUGAGAGACGUCAACAACUUGAGCAGCGGCCUAGUUCAGCUUCUCAUCUUCUGCGAUAUGGUCUCAACCAUGUCAACAGCAACAGUACUACGAACUAUUCUCCAAGUGUAAAUUCAUGCUGUCCACCUAACGAGCAACGAAAUCCCCGCCCUUCACCCACUGUCAAGCAACUACAACAUCGUUCAGUCAACAACAAUGAAAAAUAUUCCCAAAAAAUGACUCCCAAACCGGUUCAACAGAAAUAUCUUGUUCAUCAUUCCCUUGGCAAAAACUCGAGCAAAUACUUUGUUGCGAUUUUUGACUAUAAGGCUCGCUGCGAAGGGGAUUUAACUGUUCAUAAGGGUGACGUUGUCGUUAUGCUUGACCGUAGUGAUACUGAUUGGUGGUUGGUUGAGAAUGCUACAAUCCACCAGCAUGGCUACGUGCCUUCGUCCUACCUUGCGGAGGAGAACUCAAUUGAGGUCUUUGAGUGGUACUUCCGAGAGAUAUCAAGGAAGGACUCGGAGCGACUUCUUGUGCAAAAAGGCAAUCCGACUGGCACAUUCCUUGUCCGACCCAGUGAAACUACUCGGGUGCCCCUCUAUGACCCAAUAUUGGCUUGA